CACGAGGGAUCCACCCCUCCCUCUCUCUCGCUCCCUCGCUCCCUCGCUCGUGUCCGAGGUGACUUCAGAGCGCGAGAUGUGUUCACGGUUAGUGUACGGCGCUAUGGCUCAGAGUCAGAGCUGCUCUCCAAGCAUGGGCGAGUAUUACUGCCUCGUUCGCAGGAGGUUCAAGAGAAGACGCAAGAAACGAUCCGAACGCAAAGGGAUCAUCAACAAGACAAUGAAUGAAGGAGCCGGUGGGCGGCCCAGGGGGCAGCAGAAGUUCUGCAGUCUGGAAGUGAAUGAAGAAAAACACAUGAGUUCGUGUAGCAUGGACGUUAAAGAAAACCGCAACCUGGACAACCUCUUCUCCAAAGAAGCGCUGGGGGAGGGGCCUCACUUAACCAAUGGAAAUGCUCGGGGAUUGAGCAGGAAACGCCCUCUGGAGGAGGGCAACAAAGGCCACGGGCAUUCCAAAUUCCGGCCCAAGAAGCGCAGGAAACCCCAAGGGCCAGUCUUGCCAAAAAAUGCUCUCAUGCAACUGAACGAAAUCAAGCCAGGACUGCAGUACAAGCUACUGUCUCAGACGGGGCCGGUACAUGCACCCGUGUUCGUCAUGACCGUUGAGGUUAACGGACAGUUAUUUGAGGGCUCAGGCCCAACGAAGAAGAAAGCCAAACUGAAUGCGGCCGAAAAAGCUCUGCGCUCUUUUGUUCAGUUUCCCAAUGCAUCCGAAGCUCAUCUCGCGAUGGGCCGCACGCUGACCGUUAACGCAGACUUCACUUCAGAUCAAGCAGAUUUCCCAGACAUGCUAUUUAACGGAUUUGAGACGCCCGCACCGCCUGAUGACACCUUCUACUUGAGUCUUGGCAGCAAUGGGUCUCUCUGCUCCUUAAACGAAUACCCUUUGCCCGUGGCGCUGAAAAACAUCAACCGGUCACGUCCUCCUCUCCCACUACCCCCUGCUUUCACAGUGCCCCCUACAGGCAGUGGCAAAAAUGCUGUGAUGAUCCUAAAUGAGCUUCGGCCUGGACUGAAGUAUGAGUUUGUGGCUGAGAGCGGUGAAAGCCAUGCCAAGAACUUUAUAAUGGCAGUGACUGUAGAUACACAGAUGUUCCAAGGUUCUGGACGGAAUAAAAAGCUGGCGAAAGCGAGGGCAGCCCAAGCCGCUCUGUCAGGCCUUUUUAACAUGCAACUGGACCAGACACCAUCCCGGCAGCCAAUCCCAAGAGAGGGACUUCAGCUACACCUUCCUCAGGUCCUCGCAGAUGCCGUCUCCCAUUUAGUUGUUGAAAAGUUCAGUGAGCUGACGGAUAACUUCACAUCUCCACACGCACGGCGGAAAGUCCUUGCAGGUGUUGUCAUGACAACCGGUACAGAUGUGAAGGAUGCUCAGGUGAUUUGCGUCACCACAGGAACCAAGUGUAUAAAUGGAGAGUACAUGAGUGAUCGAGGACUGGCCCUUAACGACUGCCAUGCUGAGAUCAUUGCACGUCGCUCCCUCAUCAGAUACCUGUACAGUCAGAUGGAAUACUUCCUCAGCGACAGCACUGAGGAACAUGAGAAAUCCAUAUUCAGAUGGUGUAGUGAACAUGGCUACCGGCUAAAAGACGAUAUUCAGUUCCAUCUGUAUAUCAGCACGUCGCCCUGCGGAGACGCCCGGAUCUUCUCCCCUCAUGAGGCUGGUGCCGAGGACCAGGGCGACCGACAUCCAAACCGCAAGGCCCGCGGACAACUGCGAACCAAGAUUGAAUCUGGAGAAGGUACAAUACCUGUUCGUACGAGUAACACCAUUCAGACCUGGGAUGGAGUGUUGCAGGGAGAACGACUGCUAACCAUGUCGUGUAGUGACAAGAUUGCCAGAUGGAACGUCAUUGGCGUGCAGGGGUCUCUUCUGAGUUAUUUUACAGAACCCAUCUAUUUCUCUAGUUUAAUUUUGGGAAGUCUGUAUCAUGCCGACCAUCUUUCCAGAGCCAUGUACCAGCGCAUCGCCGACAUGGACGAUCUGCCCAAGCCAUUCGCCCUCAACAGACCUCUUCUUAGUGGUAUCAGUAACGCAGAAGCAAGGCAACCUGGGAAAGCUCCCAACUUCAGCGUCAACUGGACAGUCGGAGAUCAGGGGUUGGAGAUCAUUAAUGCCACCACAGGAAAAGAUGAUCUCGGAAGACCGUCUCAGCUUUGUAAACAAGCCCUCUACAGCCGCUGGGUCUGUCUACAUGCCAAGCUCAGUGAGACUCUGCGGAUCCGAGGAUCUCGGCCAGGCUCCUACCACGAGGCAAAACAAGCGGCAGUGGAGUAUCACGCGGCCAAACAGACUCUCUUCAAAGCUUUCUACAAAGCAGGACUUGGAGCAUGGGUUGAAAAACCCAUUGAACAAGACCAGUUUUCCCUUACUUCUUAAGAUAAGCCAAGAGAAAGAGAUUUUUGUACAUUUACAUGGAAUGCAAGGUUUUAAUCUAACCUCCAUAGUUGUUGUUAUUUUUUUAGCCUCUCUUAUUACUGAGAGUUGCUUGGUUUCUUUUUAUCUGUAAAAAAAAACAUGGUGUGUUUACUCAGAAAAAACUAAAUGGCUGAGUUAAAAGUAACCCGGCUGAAA